AUGAAGACCGCCAUCUCUGUCCCCCGAGCAGCUCAGUGCGCGGCUCCCCGCGCCCAUCUCUUCACAUCUCCUCUGGCACGCUCAUGCAGCCACCCCCGAUUCACCUCGCCAGCCCGCCACCUGAGCACAUCCCCCCGUGUCAAGAAAGACGAGCCGCCGCCGCCGCCAUCCUCGUUCUCCUUUCAGGGCAUGCCCGCCCCGCCGCGGCUGCCCAAGGAAGAGCAAGAAAUCUUCGAAUCCCUCCAGCGCCAAUCGACCGGCGCAUUCUCCACGCCCGCGUCCGAACGGCGGGCUCCGCCGCGGAUCAACCAGUCUCCUGACUCGUCGGCGGCGGAGUUUGCAGACGCACAGAACACGGUCUCCCAGCGCGUCGACAGGAUCAGUACCGCAGGCGAGGAUUCGGGCGCAACGGGGUCCUCGGUGCUCAAGGAAAUGUACGACAAGGUGAUUGAGGCGAGAGGCAAGGGCGAAGAAUUACAUCCCAAUGUGGUGAGAGGGGCGCAGCCGGAGUUCGAAGGCGAUGUCAACCCGAAGACGGGCGAGGUUGGAGGGCCAAAGAACGAGCCGUUGCGAUGGGGCGCGUCAGGGGAUUGGACUUAUAAUGGGAGGGCUACGGAUUUCUAG